UCGUUCUUCGAAAAAGAAACUGUAGAUUCAUUUUCUAUUUGAAUCGAGAUAUUGCUUUUUGUCCUUACAUAAAAAUAUCAUUUAAUAUUAAAGUGACAAACAUUCAUUUUUAACAUACUUCAAUUUAAAAUUUAAUAGAAACGAGUACUGAUAGGUUAAAGGGAACAGCGUGUCAAAAAUAUAAUUUAGUUAUUACUUUCACUGUCAACAAAUCUGAAGGAAUUCUAUUGACCUUUUAAAACAUCAACUAAUGCGGCUUCAUUUCCCAUAAAAAGUAUAAACUACAUAAAGAAAAAUGUUUACUAUGGAUUCACCCAAACCACCAGAAAAUAGUGAAAAAAGGAUUUUUCUAAAUGAUGCAGAAUGGGAUAAAAUAGCAGUCUAUCUCAUCAAUAAUCAACAUAGAUAUAGAGAAAAUAUUGUAAUACCAAGGACUAUAGGACCAGUGUAUAUUAAAAGCAACGAAGAGAAACGUAUAGAAAGUAUAGUAGAAAGUUGUACUUUUAAAAGUAUUUGCAGUUGUCUCAUAGGAUAUGCUUUGGGAGGCGCAAUAGGUUUAUUUUCAGCUAGUGUGAAUCCAAAUUAUGCUAGUAUUGAAAAGGUACAAACUGUCCGUGAAACAUUUAAAGAAAUGAGAAUUACAAUAUCGAGUUAUGCAAAAAACUUUGCUGUGAUUGGUUGUGUAUUUACUGCAAUUGAAUGCUCAAUAGAAUCGUACAGAGGUAAAAAUGAUUGGAAGAAUACUGCAUAUGCUGGUGGAUUUACAGGUGGAAUAUUAGGAUUAAGAGCCGGUGUAAAGGCAGGUAUAAUUGGAGCAGCAGGUUUUGCAGCAUUUUCAACUGCAAUAGACUACUAUAUGAAUCAUAGGGAUUAGAUAAUGAAUUCCUCAAAUUAUAAUCGAUAUAUUUGUAUAAAAAAGGUAUAAUAAAGCGCAUUCUGAGUGUAUCUGUAUAAUACAUACAAUAGCGCGACAAUGUUGUCAGUACCAAAAUGCAUACAAAUAAGUACAAUGGUUAAGAAAAUAAUAAAUUUACGUAAUACAUUCAUACUUGUUUCACUUACAUUGUUAAAAUGUUUUCUUACAAUUUAUUAUUUAUUAAAUAUAACGCUACGAUUUGAUUUAUUUAAAUUCUUUUUACAUAAAUUGUAAGAAAGAAUUUAAUGGCUAGUCUUAUUUAAUAUUAAGUAAAAAUAACAUACAUGGUUGUUUUGAAAUAAAAAAUAAUACUUUACAUAUUGCAGAAACAUAAACACGUUCAAAUCUAUGUUCUCUAUACGAUAUUGCCUAUCACAGUAAAAAAUAAAUUUUUCAGUUCUUAGGUAUACUGAAUUAUUACUGACAGUUUGAUACUAAAACAGUCUUAAAGUCUUUUUGCUUUACUUAAAAAAAUAUACAUGGAACAUUGGAAGAUAUGGCUGUCAAACUGUAUGUUUUUUUUCAGUUUGUUUGUCAAUUGUAUAAAAUAUCAAUAUUCAGAGAACAUUGGGAUAUAUAUGUACCUAUACAAAUUGUAUUAAUAAUUCUUAAAUCUGUUUUGAUAUGAGAUUUUUCAUAUAAUGCUUA